CUUUUUAAAAUAUAAGUAAAAUACGCCACGCUACGUUGCCUCGCUUCUCCGAAUAUCACGAAAUGUUAGAUAACGAACAUGAUUGUUCUGCUGAUAGCUCGCAGCGCAUUUCGCAACACGAAACUGAGAAGGCACAGCCGUGUCUCACGAUGCAUGAAUGCGGCGGCGGGGACAAUGUCGAGAGACCUCCGCUCUAUCUACCUCAGCCCGAGGAUGAAUAUCCGAGCAAGCCCGAGCACACAAUGGGACCUCUUGGUCCAUGGGCCACAGGCCGAGUAACCUGUUCUCGCGAGGGUGGAGUAACGGGUUUGAGGCCAGUCGCAGAUCAAUAUUCCAUUACUCGCUACGGACCAAGUGAAUGGCGCGCGCACAAUUUAAGUAUCUUUCGGCAAUCGGACGAGAGAAUCCGCGAUUCCCGAGUCACGGCCGUUGCUGCGAAAGAAUGUGUGAAGCAAGCGUACGCGGCAGCCGACAAGGUGCAGUCGGAGACGACGGAACAAUUAAAAACGCGAGCUAACGUGGUGUAUCGUUGGAAGGCGGAAUUGGAACAUGCGAUCGCCGGUAUUGCGGAAGAGAUGGAAUUGUUGGAGGCCGAGCGUCGCCGCGUACAGCGAUCACUGUCGAUAUUGACCAUUCCUGUGUCGAUCGCGAGCGACUUUUUGCAAUUACGCUGCUCUCGCUUGGACUCCGAUCUCGUUCGCGAUAACGUCGAGGAGCAACUUACAAAGGAAAUAGCCCUUUGUUCCGAGAUACGAGAUCUGCUGAGCAGGACCCGCGAGCAGAUCGAGAUGCAGAUGGUCGAACUGAAAUCCGCGAAAGCGCGAGCGGAGAACGAUUGGUCUGACAAGGUUCACGCUUACAAUCUGGACUCCGUAUGCGUGAAUUUGUUUAACGAUUCUCCGCUUCUAUUAUGGAAGGCUGGAGCUACGAGAUUUCCAGCCGACCAAUCAACUCCUACAAGCUACGAACACUUUACGCAAGAAGUGUUAACCGCUGGCGAGACUGCUAAACAGAGAUCAAUAAACCUAAGGUCCACAUUGAACGACAUAUACGUUAAAUCGAUUAAGGAUCUGCGCGACCAAGCGACUCGCGUUGACGUUGCGCUUGCGGAAAACGUGAAACUCACACAAGGUUGCCUUCAGCAAUUAGAAAAGGAAUUACUUCGCUGCUUGCACGAACUGGCAAAUGUGGAGAAGCUGAUUGAGGAACUUCGGGAUUCAACGAAGGGGUUAAACAACGCUAUGAAAUUAGCGCAAACAAGAUUAGAUAAUAGAUUGAGACGGCGCAACGUUGAAAGCUGUCGAGAUACACCUCAAUUUGCCCUUGUUGAAGAGGUGAAAUCACUUGGCGAGCAGACCUCUGCUAUGCUGGCGGAAUUAAAACGCGCUGAGGAAUCUCAGGCGGAAUUAGUCAAGGCAAGAGGCACCCUUGAAUAUGAAAUAAUGGUAAAACGGAAGACUUUGUACAUAGACAAAGAACGAGGUCAAGUGCUACGUUCUUUCUUCCCUUCUGCUACAGACUUGUCUGGAUUUUAAUAAAUUGGACGUGUAAAAGCUAUACUUGAAAUAUUUAAAAUUCAGCAUAUGAAUUAUAGAAUUCCGCUUCU